AUGGCAAAUCGCCGCAUUUUCGUCAUCGGGGCUACUGGUGCCCAAGGCCUUCCCGUCUGUCGAGGCCUUGCUAGGAAUGGAGGCUACAGCCUGCGCGUCUUGACGCGCGACUCCAGCUCCUCGAGGGCAAAAGAGCUCGCGAAACUCGAAGACGUUGAAUUCAUUGAGGGAACCUUUGCCAACGAAAGCGAUCUGCGCAAGGGAUUCGCUGGGUGCUGGGGGGCCUUUGUCAACAUCGAUGGCUUCAACUGUGGCGAGAAGACCGAGACGUACUGGACGAUCCGCUGUUACGAGUUGGCAGUGGAGCUCGGGAUCAAGUUCUUUGUCUUUGGUAACCUUGACUACGGUUACAAAAAAAGCGGCUAUAAUCCCAAGUUUCGAAGCGGGCACUACGACGGCAAGGGGCGUCUAGCUGAGUGGAUGCUGCAGCAGAGGAAAGGCAACAACAUGGGCGUCGCCAUUUUCACCACUGGCCCUUACAUUGAGAUGGCCAUCUCCUCCAAGACGAUCAUGACACCACGGGUUGAAGGUGGGAUUGUCACAUGGAGAGUUCCCCUAGGUGCUGGCGCAGUUCCACAUGUCGCCCUCGAUGAUUGCGAACACUAUGCCCGUUGGCUCUUUGACCACCCCGAAAGAUCUGAUGGGAUGGAUCUGGAGGUGGCAAUUGACCACAUUCACUACGCAGAUCUGGCCGAGGCGUUCGAAAGGGUCACGGGGAAGCCAGCUCAGUACAUCGACACCCCCAUGGACGUCUAUUUCGACCACAUCCCAAUCUCUAGUCAACCUGCCGGAUACAACGCUGACCCCACGGACCCAGCAACGAUGUCUUUCAGGGAUAACUUUUCAGGUUUCUGGACAUUGUGGGCGAACUCUGGGGGCAACAAGGGAGUCAUCAAGCGUGACUACGCGCUUCUGGACGAGAUACACCCAAAGAGAAUCAAGACUGCGGAGGAAUUUUUCCGCAAAGAGAACGAGAGGCGUCGUCUUGCUGGCCUUGGGGGUCUAUUUGAUGCCAUUGAGGGGAAUGACCUUCCAUCUAUCUUGAAACAAGGUGAAGACAAUCGACAGGGAAAAUUGUAA